UUUUCACAGGCACAUCACCACCUGCCUUGAGCUGUUGUCCUGCUAGUAUUAUUUGUUUUAUUUUUAAUGUUUUGUUCUUUCAGGCUGUGAAGCAGAGCCAAUAAUAUCCCAGAGUCUAUAUCUACCAAAUUGGUAGGAAAUUAUUAAAAUUCUUUCAUGUUUGAGCAUAAUUGAGUAUGCCAGUGCAAGCGCCGCAAUGGACAGAAUUUCUUACCUGUCCUGUCUGCUUUAAUGACUUUAAUGGAAGAAAUAACAUCCCCGUUAGUUUAGGAUGUGGCCACACUAUCUGCAGAACAUGCCUGAAGCAGCUGCAUCAGAAUAAGUGCCCCUUUGAGCAGUCCCUGGUCAGUCAGCCGGCGGAUCGUCUGCCCAGCAACACUGCCCUGCUUAAACUACUGGGGGUCAAACUGGACGAGAAUGAAGAUGGCGUACUGAGCAGACUUGGGCCCAACGUGUCCCAUUUCAAGACCUCCAGGAAGUGUAUAGAGGACAUGGCUGGGUAUCUUCACCAUGUGACUGGGACACAGAAUAAUAAGGCUGGAAACAACACCUCUCUACCAGCACCCCUGGGAACUCUGAGCAGACCCAUGCAGAGAAAACUGGUCAUCCUCGUCAACUGCCAGCUGGUAGAGGAAGAAGGACGUGCACGUGCAUUACGCGCUGCACGUUCUCUGGGUGACCGUACUGUGACGGAGCUCAUUCUGCUGCACCAGAAUCCUCAGCAGUUGUCAGCCAAUCUAUGGGCUGCUGUACGCGCCAGAGGCUGCCAGUUUCUUGGACCUGCCAUGCAGGAAGAAGUUCUGAAGCUCAUCCUCCUGGCUUUAGAGAAUGGCUCUGCCCUCUCCAGAAAGGUGCUGGUACUGUUUGUUGUUCAGAGAUUGGAGACUCAGUUUCCUCAAGCCUCCAAGACGGCCAUUGGGCAUGUGGUCCAGCUGUUAUACAGGGCCUCUUGCUUCAAGGUCACAAAAAGGGAUGAUGAGUCCUCACUAAUGCAGCUGAAGGAAGAGUUUCGCACUUAUGAUGCCUUGCGCCGCGAGCACGACUCCCAGAUUGUCCAGAUUGCCACGGAGGCUGGACUGCGCAUCGCCCCAGAGCAGUGGUCCUCUUUGUUGUAUGGGGACGCCGGACACAAGUCACACAUGCAAUCUAUUAUUGACAAGCUCCAGACCCCCCAGUCAUUUGCCCAGAGUGUGAAUGAGUUGGUGAUAGCUCUGCAGAGGACAGGGGAUCCAGCUAACCUUGCCAAACUCAGGCCACAACUGGACCUGAUGACCAGUAUUGACCCAAGUCCAGGUAAAUAG